AUGCUCCUUCCACGCGGACCUGAGGUUGGACGUGAAGAGCGCGUUCCGUGUCAUUAUUGCAACAACCGAGCUCGUCCGGACUUCGAUGCGCCCGGCUAUAUCGCCUUCACGGACAACUUGGAGUCUCAAAUGCCAUCCAGAGGCCAAGUCUGGUCAAUUCGCGAAUCUCUGAUGCUUCCUAUAGCCGAGUUCCUAAAGACCGCAGACCUUGAGCUGGUCAAAUCCGAGACUCGUUCUGGCAAGUCGCGCUCCACAACCCUCUUGACAUGGAUCAGGCUCCAUGGGAGCAGAGAGAGGCCUCGACCUUGUAUCAUACUCAAGGCCACUAAGAGGGAAAAGAAGAUCCACCUCAUGGGCACCCUCAGCGACGGCCAGUUUGAGGAUCUGUCAUUGUGCGCCGACAUGUUCUGCAUCCAGGUCGAUCCCUCGCCCCACGAUUGUAGCCUAAACCCCUCCGAGCAACACAUUCAUUCUACUCCGCGCUGGUGCCCUACAAAGAAGCAAUACGUCUGUGUUCUGCCUAUCGAGUUCAAGGGUCAUAUCUCGGAGAAGCCUGAGAAACCCCAGGGCUACGUGAUAGAGCGCUGGGUGGAACGACACGGGACGCCUGAGGAAAACGGGCAGCAUUAUGGGUUUUCUGAAAGGCAACUGAACCGUCUCAACUUCAUAUCGCAAGCGCGACUCUUGCAAUGGCAGAACAUGGACAAGACAUCCAGGCAAAAUGCCAUCCGCGAAUUCCGGAAAUUCGCCACCAAACACAUUCUUACCGAGCCUGGCCCAGACGGAGCUAGCCAGAGGUCGCGCUCUGGUGCCCCCUCAUUCCGCACGAAGAAGACUGGUUCCAGGAAGCUGUUUGGCGGAUUGUCUGCUCUCACUCGGACUGAGGCUCGUCCGGCAACCACGGCCUCGAAAGACGCCGGUUCGAUUGCUUCGCCCACCAGGUCCAGCUUUGCACGAGACUCUUCUCGCGCUAGUGCUCGUCGCUAG